AUGUUUCUUCACCGUGUGUUGUAUGUUCUGGCAUUGCUCUUGAGCAUUAUCCCUUUAUGUGUGGCGACUGAUGAAACUGACUUAUCUACAGCUGAAGUUGAUGGUGGUUGCACUCCUGAAGAUAGUCAAACUGAAAAGUGUGCUGGAAUUACUAAAGGUAGAAAAGGUGCCUCUGGUCCUCCUGGUCCUGUCGGUCCUGCUGCCGAAGCAGGUGAACAGGGUCCUGAUGGUGAAAAAGGCGAAAAAGGUGCUGCUGGAGCUUCUGGCAAAGCAGGUGCACCUGGUCCUGCUGAAAAGGCAGAUGAAAAAAGCAAAGACACCAAUGGUUCUGAUGAGAAUAGGGUAAAUCAGGGAAAUCCGACCAAUGUUUCCGCUCCUAAUACUCACUCUUCACAACGACAACCUUCUGGCGAACCGGGUAAGCAAGGUCCUUCUGGCCAAAAUGGUGAUCGAAGCAACGUUCCUGGUCGUACUGAAGAAGAUCAGGAAGUCACAGAAGGUAUUCGUCCUGUUACCACUGUUACUCAUGAACCUUCUACUUCUGUUCUCACUCCUGAUCCUAACCCUUCUGCGGGGAGUGCUGUUGAGUCUUCAGGUGAUGGCCAAACUGGAAUCAAGGGCAACAAUACAACACGUGAGGGUGAAAAUGGAGAUAACAAUGGAACUGCGGAAACACAACCUUCUGCUGACUCUCCUAACACUUCGCCCACAGUGAGUGGUGAUGGUUCUGAUACUGCAACACCUGGGAAUGGCACUUCAUCUGCAGGGAGUGAGUCAACAAAUAACCCAGAAGGUGCGGGAAAUGCAGAAACAUCCACCACCACAACGACAACAACAACAACACUUCCUCCUGAACUCACAAACAACAAGAAGGGUGAUGCAGACAGCAGCAGCAGUAUCAGCAGUUCUGUGUGGGUGCGUGUACCACUACUGAUUGUGGUUACACUGGCUUGUAUUCUUCUGUGCUGA